AUGGGUCGACGACCAAAUCAGCUCGUGGUGGAAUUCUUCGAGCGCGGAGAGAAACUCGGUGACAACUCGAACCGCUACCGCCACACGUGCAGGCGGUGUGGACAAUGUUUUCCAAAAGGCAGAGUAGACACUCUGCAGGCCCACGUCCUUCGCAAUUGUCCGAAAAUCUCCCCAGAAGACCGUGAAUGGGGAUUACAACAGCUCCAACAAAAACCUGAACGACCACGACCAGAUAACAAUCCCACCCGUGACGAUUCCGACCAAAAUCACGAGAGUCUUACACAACCGGAACCCCACUACCAACAGCAGUCUGCAUUGGACACCCUGGCAGAGGUCUCCCGACACCAUCUUGACUAUUCUUCGAAUCGCCAGCUUGGUCAUCCUGGUCAGGAUCAUACAGAACAUGUUCUAGACCGCGCUUCUACAUCGGAGCAGCAGUUUAUCGCUCAGCUACAGGAGUUCAAUACGCCAACUCACCCAAGCCAAGUCGCAGAUCCCAACGGCCGGACAGCAGGCCGUGAUCCCACCACCGAACACCACUUUUUUGACCCACAGGAAUCGGCUCCUGAGAAAAGUGCUGCGCCUGAGCUCUCUGGUCUUGCGCAGACUGCAUCAGCCGCCAACCGGCAGUUGGAAGCCUCGCAGGUACAAGACUAUCCACCCGAGCACGAUCCCUUCGUGGAUCCGGACCUUCACGGCAUGGGAGGUCCAGUGCCCGCUCAAUCGCUCUUCGAAGCCAUCAGUGAAUCAGAAGGGGUUCCAUGGGUACCAGCAGAGCAAUCAGCCGGGCAUUAUGGCUUCCAGUACCCACAGAAGCCCGUUCAUAAGAAGGUACGAGGACGAUUUGAUGACUCAAGACGCAAAGAAGUCGCUGGCAUCCGAAAAAGCGGCGCUUGUAUUCGCUGCCGCAUGUUGAAGAAGCAGUGCUCGGGCGAGACGCCAUGCCGUACCUGCAGAAAUGUAGAGACGGCACGGCUAUGGAAGGGCACCUGCUUCAGAGCUAGGGUUGUUGACGAGUUCACUCUUUGGUCAUUGAACUUGUUUUCUUCACGAAUGAUCACGGAGCUUUCAGCUACGGCUCACGGUGCCGAACACGAGCGGCUACCAGGGAGGGUCGAGGCCAGACUGCUGGCUGGCACAGACUGCUGCAUGAACUUUGCUGUGAGAGCGCUUGUUGACUGUUCAAACGCCGAGGGACCAAAUGACGAAUCUGCUCGCGGUGGAAGGGCUUUGAUGCUGGACGGUGAAGAAGCCGUACAUGACAAAAUCGGCGCAUUCACAGCAUUGCUGGCUGAGGACUUCAUCGAUCAAGAGAGCUCUGUUUUCGUGAAGAAAACAAUGCAGGUGGCGCUUUUCAUGGCACAAACGGUGGACGCCGCACAAGCAGCCAAGGCAGGCCAUGUGCAAGGUCAUAGUCCGAGCCGAGCCUGCUACAAUCUCCAAGAGCGACUGACUCACAAUGUGAUCGAGCUUUGGAUCCUUACUACAUUGUUAACGAAGCCAGAAGAUUCCUUCGAACUUCGGUACCAGCCUCAGAAGUCGCCCACGGAUCAGCCUGAGCGUCCAAGCGGGACCGCGGGACAAGACGAGAUCCAAAAGGAUGUCCAGGAUAUCUGCCCAACUUCCACAAGCUUCAGGAUGAUUGUGGCCCAACUUCUGACGGCGAUCGAGGCCCGUUGCAGCAGACUCAGCAAGAUCGUCAUGAACGAGCUUGAAAGACGUCUUCUCCAGCGACAGCAAGCAAAUCAGUUCGCCACCUUCAUCUCGUCCCUCAUCCUUCUCAACUGUGUUGAGCGCAUGACUGGGCUCUACAGAUCUUACGACACCAGCGAGUUGGCGAAAGCGGACAUGGCUCGCCACGAGACUACUGCCGGGGCCGCGAACGAAGAGGAGCCUUCAGAUGCCGUUACGGAUUCCACUAAAUCAGACAACGGCCCUGAGCUCUCUGAGAAAUCUACAUCUUGGCCGCUCGACACGCCCCCAUCAGCUCUCUGGCCACAAGGCCUCCGCUUCGCCGACCUCCUGACCAUGCUCCUUCGCAUUCGUGCUCUACCGCCCAAGACCGGCGAGACCCCUGAGGGCACGCUGGCCGUUGUUCAAGACCAUCCACUUCCCGCCGGCUUCCACGGCAGGGCUCCGCGACCCGAAGCAGACGAGGAGACGAAAGUCGCAGCCGCGUGGCUGGACCCGAUGCAAUUGAACGUUGACGAGCUGAUGAGGAAGCGAUAUGGCGAGGUGCCGGCCAUGAGUGAGGGGGUCCAGGCGUGGGAUAUGAGGUUUAUUGCUAAGGUGUUGCUGCCUGAGAGGACUGCAUGA